CAGAAGCCCACGUGCCCCACCGGUUUACCCAUAGUUCAUUACUUCGUUUCCUUUCUUCUGUCUCUAGCUUGUCCAAGAUGUCGUUAAUGGAUGGAGCGUUAAACGUGUUCGGCACGAGAACGACCGGCGAGUCCGUUCGUUCUCAAAAUGGUGAGCUAUUUUGUUAUCUCUUGUGUCGCAGUUUAUGCCAUUUCUGUUCUAAUCGGUGUCUGAGGAAGAGUGGCAGGCGGGGUUCAAUGGUUAGCUAACUAGCACUCCGCAGCACGUGCGGAUAAAAAGAUGCGUAGUUUCGCCUCCCUUUUCCUAAACUUGCAAGAUAUCCAACGUUAAUCAAUUAGGUACCUAAGCAUAAUAUGUUGCCCACAUUCAUAUAAAAAGCUGUCUAAUAAAUCAAUAUUAGCUACAUUGUUGUCUAACGGUAUAUUAUAGCUAAUUCGUGCUAGUUAGGCUUGCUAAGUUGCUAUAUUAGCUAGCUAGCUAACGUUGGCUUACUAAUACGCAUAUGUCAUUGGCGUUAGGCAUUCGCUAGUUAUUAACUCGCAAACGCAGCUAGCUAGCACAAUCAGCUACCUAGCCCUGUGCGUAACAUGAUUUUGCACACAAAAAACUAGGCGUUUCCCGUUUUUAGUACCGUUCAUUCAUCCAUCCCAGAAUGAACGGCUAUGCUAAUGGGUGAGAGAGAACACUGUCAUCGUCUGACGGAGCGGCUGGCUUCGUCCACCCCUUCUAAUAGAACUGACAGAACAAUUUCCAUCAGUUUGAACAGUUUCGGAAUUGUGUUAUUGUUUCUAGAUUGGAAUUGUUGAUAGUUACUUGUAAUAGUUAGCUAGCUAUUACCAUAGCUAGUGUAACGUAGAUGUCACUGUUUGUAACACAUACAUUUUGUGGCAAGGUAAUCAGCUUUGAUUGUGUGCCCACGUCUCUUCUGCAGUCAUGGCUGCAUCAUCCAUCGCCAACAUCGUCAAGAGCUCCCUUGGCCCCGUUGGGCUGGACAAGAUGUUGGUGGAUGACAUCGGUGUAAGUACUUGUGACCGAUUAUGGUCACCGCCCUCAGUCUCAGUGGAUAUGGCCUGUGUACCAUUCAGAUUAUUGACGGAAGAAGUGCUUACAAAUGCUCUAAUGUUUAGGAUGUGACAAUCACCAACGACGGGGCUACCAUCCUGAAGCUGCUGGAGGUGGAGCACCCGGCAGCCAAGGUGCUGUGUGAACUGGCUGAGCUGCAGGACAAGGAGGUUGGGGAUGGGACAACUUCAGUGGUGAGUACUUCCAACAGCUGCUCAGAACAGAGGUCAAGGGAAAGGAGCUGUGGCCACUGACCAGAAUGUUAGUCUGAUUUAUUCCUAGCUGAAAGACUGUCAUUAAAAUGUUAGACUUCAAUUUGAUCAAGUAAACAUUAUUUGGUGAAGGUUGGACUGAACCUGCCUAUUCACACUAUUGGUUCAAAUUACCUGCUUCCUGUUUUUAGUACCGCCCAUCUGCCUCCUUUACAGAUGUUCGGCUAUGCUAACAGGAUAGAGAGACUGUCCGUCAUUGUCUGAAGGGGUUGGGCGGCCUCCAUUCCGCCACCUCUAUAUGAAAUAACGGCACAUGUGUAUAUAUAAUUGAUUGUCUUAUUCAUUAAAUCGUCUUCCCUGGCUUGUUCAUAUUGUUCUCUUACCUUUGUUUUUAAAGGUGAUCAUUGCAGCAGAGUUGCUGAAGAGUGCAGAUGAACUGGUGAAGCAGAAGAUCCACCCCACUUCAGUCAUCAGUGGAUACCGCCUGGCCUGCAAGUAAGAAUCUAGCCACAGUCUAUCCAUUUUCCCCAUCAAUGUUUUGAAUAUUAUCAUCCUUUUGACAUCCUUUUCCCCUCCACACUCCUGGUUCAUUACUUGGUUUACAAGUACAUGGUUGUUUGCCUUUAUGUGUUACCUGUCUCCAGAAUGAAUGUGUCAACCAAGGUAUAAAUUAACUCUUGUGGUUGUUUGGAAGGAAUCACCAUAGGUUCCUUUCAAUAAGAUCAUCUUCAAGAACACACAACUGUAGCUAGCAAUUGUAGCACUAAUGUGAAAACAAAUUCGAGGUUAACAAGAGCUGUGUUUCUGUGGAUAGUGGAAGAUGAUUUGUUUGUAUUAGAAGCAAAUAGAUGUGUGUUCAUUCAUAAAACAACCAGUUCGGAUUUUAACUUUCAUUUUAUAUUGACUUGUCUGUCCGCUGUGGGUGUGUUGUGAACUCUGCAUGUCUUUCUCUGAAGAAAAAUACAAAAUGCUGUGUCUUUGGCUAGAGGGGAAUCUCGGGUCCUCCACUACAAGGCCGAACCAGGCUGAACUAUGAAAAUCCCUGGUUCUGUAAACAUGGAGCUCUUAAUGGAUCUUUCAUUCCUACCAGGGAGGCAGUGCGCUACAUCAAUGAGAACCUGACCAUCGCUACAGAUGACCUGGGAAGGGAGUGUCUGGUCAACGCAGCCAAGACCUCCAUGUCCUCCAAGAUCAUUGGAGUGUAUCCUUUCUUCCCGCUCCCUGACUAACCUGAAACCUUCCCUUCCAUGUGUAUCUGUCAUUUGCCAUAAAGGAUCACAUAACAAGUAGGGCAGGGAAUUGCUCACAAUAAGAUGUCACUUACUUGGAUGCCAAUACGAUAUGUAUUGCAAUUCUCACGAUUUGUAUUCCAAACAUAUUGCUCACUGUGUUGGCUGAAGAGAGACGGGAGCAUGAGAGUUUUGAUCAGUCAUGAAAAUAAAAGUGAUGGGAACAUGUUGGUUUAGUGCCACAAUACCAGCAUUUUGACUUCGAUACCAGGUUUAGUAUCACAAUAUUUGAUCCCAAAACGAUACCACAAAAAAAAGGUUUAUUAACCAGUCACAGAAUGGCACUUGAUCCAGACAGAAACUCAGCUACUGCUCUGUUCAAUCAGUGGGUGUCUUUUGAGUUCAAUAUCAUUACAUUUGAAAAAUAAUUGUAACUUCUUUAGGCAGCCAUGUAUGCAUUAAUUGAAUCAAUUGUACAAUCAAUUUGACUUAGUAACAUUCUAACACCUAAAACAACAGUAAUUUAUUUGAAUGGUGAAUCUAUUGAUAAACUGGGUAAAUCAAUUCUAUUCACAAUACAAGUGAAUGCAUAUUAUUCAAUAGGAGUGUGUGCGUGCAUUGAGUAAUUGAGCUUGUUUUAGUUGAUUUCAUGGGGCUACAGAUGACAAACAAUCCCUUCCAUUCAGGACUUAUUUGAUUGGCAACUGCUUAGAACAUAUUUUAUUUUAAAAUAAGCACUCUUUUAUAAAAGUGUGUUUACUGUCUCUUUUAAGAAAUGUAUCUUCAUUCAUGAGGCAGAAUUUGGCUAUGGAAUCUAGUGGAAACCAGACGGUAGGCGAGGGAGACGUCAAUGAGUUUUUGGUGGUGAGGGAUUCUAAGUGAAUUAAUACAGUUUUUGGUGACAGUCCACUUUGAAAUCAGCAUAUUUUGCAUUAUAGUUUGCAUAUUAUCACAAACAAAGUACUAGGGUAGUGAAUUUGUUUGGUUCAGCUGUAAGCUGGCAAGGAAAGUUAGCUUACAAUUAAAGCUGGAAGCUACCCGUAUCGUUUUGCAUUUAAAAAUGUUCUAUCCUAUAUGGACGUUGUUUUGCUUACAGUAAUGAACAGUUUCUAUAUGCUGUGGUGCAUUAUUCAAGUGUGUAAACUUCUGUGCAGCAUGAGUGGGGACUGGGGAGAUGAUGCAGCCCAGACAGCUUUAGCAAUAAGUGGAGCAGGCUCUUGGUGCUGUAAUGGGGCUGCACUGGUAGAUCGACUUGAUCCUCUCAAGUGAGACACAUUUGACAGAAGUACCGAAACUAACGUUCUAGGACCGAAAACGUUUUUUCUUUGGGGGGGGGUUGUAUCAAAAGUACUGACUUUUUUUCUUCCAUACCCCUAAAUAUUGUGUUUUCAGCUGUUUGAAGCUGGUGUACAAAACCGAAAGUAAAAGACACGAAAAAUAAACGUAGGAACGGGAAGCAUAGAAAUAGCGCACGUGGAACAGAUCUACCGCUUUUUAGACUUGCUUUCAAUGAGAAUGACAGAUCUAUAACUGACGUUUCUAUGUACAUUUGGUCAGUUUGCCCAAAAAGUAACAUAUUGCAGCUUUAAAAAAGAUGGAGAACAAGGUUUUGAAACGGGUACAGCCGACCUAAUGCGAUCUAGCAACAACGAACAUUAUUUUUUACUAAUUGAUAAUCGGAGUCAAAGUAUCGACUAAUAUCGUCCAAAAUAAUAUUGCGAUACGUAACUAUCUUUAUCACUAAUAAGUAAAUGGUGUCUUGAGCUUCACAUCUCCUGGUAGCUUUGGUCAAGUUUCUGGCAGACUAGAUGCGCAGACAUUGCAUCAACCAAUGGUUGUGUGUAACGUCAUCUACUGUGCAGUCAUGCAUCAGAUUGCUAUAUCAUAUCAUAUAUGUUAACCUAUCCAGGCGUUGUAGGAUCUGGCAUGCGUCUGCAAUGUAGUCCGGCAGGAACUCUACCAUUGAAUGCCGGGAAACCCUACUUCGUCCUAUAGAAAAGCUUGAAUCCUUGACCAGUGAAUCCUCAGUGAUGCAGACUUCUUUGCCAACAUGGUGGUGGAUGCUACUCUGGCAGUGAAGUUUGUGGAUCAGAAGGGUGUGGCGAAGUACCCCAUCAACUCAGUCAACGUGCUCAAAGCCCACGGACGCAGCCAGAAAGAGAGCUAUCUGGUCAACGGAUACGCACUCAACUGCACCGUAGGGUCUCAAGGUACAUGUGUGUAAAACAUUGUUGAUGGUGACUGUUUAGUAUGUGUAAGGAUGAGCGCCAGUUCCAUAACCAUACAACCAUGAAAUUACCAUCUGACGCAAUUGACCGACUCCCAUUUAAAUUAGCAGCUAUGCUUAUUCUUGUCGCGUACGCAGGGAUACGCGUGGGAGACAGAAAGCUGGCUUUGAAAAGUAAUGGUUGCGGUGCUUCUUGUAUGAACUGUGGCACUAUUUUUCUACCCACACAUGCCAUGAUGACUAGAUUUGCAUUUUAGUAAUUUAGCAGACGCUCUUAUCCAGAGCUACUUACAAUUAGUGAGUGCGUACCUUUUUAUACUGGCCCCCCGUGGGAAUCUAUAUUAUAAAGGUUUCAUGUUGAUGAAUGUUUUUAUUGUAGUAGGUUAAUCCUGGCUUGGGCCACGUUCAGUAGUAGGUGAAUGUUGCAGAUAGAAAUGUCAUGAAUAGAGCAGCUGACAUGAUUCCUAAUUUUACAUGUCAGAGGCAGGUUUGCUCUACGUAAUAGAUUUCCAUCUGUACAUUCCACAUGCCCUGAUCAACACGGCGACAAGGGGAAUCAGUAAUUGCUUGGGGAUAGGUUUAUCUUGACCAGCGAUAAGUGUCUGUCUUGUUUAGUGGUGUGUGUGUGGUGACUGGGUCUGGUCCCGCUGUAGGCAUGGUGAAGCGUUUGACCAACGCCAAGGUGGCGUGUCUGGACUUCAGCCUGCAGAAGACCAAGAUGAAGAUGGGAGUCCAGGUCCUCAUCAAUGACCCAGAGAAACUAGACCAGAUCAGACAGAGGUGCGUUGGACAUAUACCACACACUGAGGCUAUUUGUACGAGACCUACUGUUUUAAGAUCAAGUCUUGCCACAUGCAUGACAAUAUAAGACUAUUCCCAUUUAAAUUUGCUACUAUACUUGUUCAGUGGUGUUAGUAGUGAUACGCGUGGGAAAAAGAAUUCUGGCUCUGAGUUCAGGCUGCAGCUCUUCCCUGAGCUGUAAGACUACUUUGGGCUGGACAACAUUUAUCUAAAGACAGGGUGAUUUGUUCAUGCACUCUGAUGUAAUCACAGCUUGUUGAGACACAUUUACACAGGGUUUGUACAAAAGACACACACACACAAUGUUUUCAUGUUGAUUUUGCUGUUCCAGGGAGUCUGACAUCACCAAGGAGAGGAUUCAGAAGAUUCUGGCGUCUGGUGCUAACGUCAUCCUGACAACUGGGGGCAUCGAUGACAUGUGCCUCAAGUACUUUGUGGACGUGGGAGCCAUGGCUAUCAGGAGGGUCCUCAAGAGGGACCUCAAACGCAUUGCCAAGGCAACGGGAGGUAAGCCACAGGUUUUGUUUACCUUAUGAUAAAUGCAUCAUAACUGUCAGGUCAGGUCAACACAAUUUCUGAAACAGUUUCUCUUUUUUCAAUGAGUGAUCAAAACUAUUUUCUGAAAGCAACCAAGUUUUCAGUUAACUUGUUACCCGGUGGUUUUGUUAUGUUUGUCCCUCAGCCACUAUCUGUCCAUCCCUGUCUAACCUGGAGGGAGAGGAGACGUUUGAGACGACCAUGUUGGGCCACUGUGAGGAGGUGGUACAGGAGCGUGUGUGUGACGACGAGCUCAUCCUGGUCAAAAAGUAAGAAUUGGAACUGAAGUCAUCUCAUCUACAGUAAUUAUGUGCUCAUGCAAAACCUUAUUACAUAUCUUUGCAAAUGUUUUGCUUUAGCACAUUACUUAUUUGUAACAUUCUGUUCUAGUCUUUCUCUUUUCUCUCCUUAUCCCUUGUUACUAUUCACGUCUCCAUCUUUCCCUAUUUGCCGCCUCCUUCCUCUUCCCCACUCUCUCCCUCUGUUCUUCUCUUAGUACCAAGGCCCGUACCUGCGCCUCCAUCAUACUACGUGGGGCCAAUGACUUCAUGUGUGAUGAGAUGGAGCGGUCCCUACAUGAUGCUCUGUGUGUGGUUAAGAGGGUGCUGGAGUCGAAGUCUGUUGUACCAGGAGGUGGCGCUGUGGAGGCAGCCCUGUCCAUCUACCUGGAGAACUAUGCCACUAGUAUGGUAAGGAAAUAAACCUGUGAAUCACUGCUUCGUCAUCUCUGUCCUGAGUGUCUAGAUGGGAUCAGCGGUAUUGUUGCUUUUGAAACCCCAUCAUGUUUCAUGUCUUGUUUCCAUCUGGAAAACCCAUUUUUAGCCCAUUUUAAGAUAUUAAUUGUCCUAAAUGACCAACACAGGGAGUAGAGCAGGUCUCUCAUAAACCUGUAGUGAAGGCCAAAACCUCUGUGGAUCCUGUUGUCAGAAACACAACUUGAUACACUGGUUAAUUUGUCAUUUAGAAUGACUAGGUUUUUCACUUUGGUCACCGGUGGCCAAUCUACAUUGUUUUGUGUGAUGUUAAUCUGUGAAUAUCUUGGCCGUUCCCAGGGUUCCCGUGAGCAGCUGGCCAUAGCAGAGUUUGCCCGCUCCCUCUUGGUCAUCCCCAAGACCCUGGCUGUGAACGCUGCUCAGGAUUCCACCGACCUGGUCGCCAAGCUCCGAGCCUUCCACAACGAGGCCCAGGUCAACCCCGAACGCAAGAACCUCAAAUGGUCAGUGUGCUACAUCACUAGAUAUGAAUUUCAACAUGCGUGUUUUGUGUUGAUGUCAUUAAGUGAAUGUUUCUUUUUUUAGAUGCCAUUGAGCUUGAGACAAGUUUGAUCAAGUUUUACCACAAGGAUGCUUUACAUUCCCAUUUUAAAUUUGCUGCUGUACUUGCUCAGUAGUGUAUGCAGUGAUACGCGUGGGAGAAAGCAUACUGGCUGAGAGUGGCGGCUGCAGUUUUUCCCUGAGCUUUAAUGCCACUACUCUGGGCUGGACAACAUUUUAAUGUCACAAUGGUUUGUACAUUCUGCGUUGGUAUCAGUUCAUCACGGCUUCACAUAGUUGUGAAACCAAUGAGCUUCAGUUGUAGAAGUGCCUACUGUUCAGCAGUUUUCAAUGCAGUAACUCUGCAUCAGGGCUCUCCAACCCUGUUCCUGGAGACCUACCCUCCUGAAGGUUUUUGUUCCAACCCUAGUUGUAACUAACCUGAUUUGAGCUUAUCAACCAGCUAAUUAUUAGAAUCAGGUGCACUAGAUUAGGGUUGGUAGCUCUCCAGGAACAGGGUUGCUCUACGUUGAUGGUGUGGCUGUGAUGUUGUAUCUGUGUUUCUCAUCUCUAAAGUUAUCCUCUCCCCUAAAGGAUUGGUCUGGACCUGGUGAAUGGUAAACCCAGGGACAACAAGCAGGCUGGUGUGUACGAGCCCACCAUGGUGAAGACCAAGAGCCUCAAGUUCGCCACAGAGGCUGCCAUCACCAUCCUCCGCAUCGAUGACCUCAUCAAGUUGUUCCCAGACCAGAAGGAGGGUGGGCCUUCGUACCAGGACGCCGUUGCAUCAGGACAGAUGGACGGGUAGACAUUCCAGAAUCCGAUGGUUCCAGUUCCGGAAUCUGCCCUGGGUUUCUUAGAUCCCAACUGUAGUUCUGGUCCACUUGGCUUUGUCUGUGUAUUUAUACAUACAAGCUCUUGGCUGUUCCGUCAGUGUCCGUCAUAGGCUGUGCACUUUGCUUGUUUACUUUUGUUCCCAUGUGGUAACUUGUUACUGUGGGAACUGUAACUGAUUCUGUUGGACACUCACAAAUAAACCCCGACGGUAGAUUACCGUUGAUUUAACUCA